GGUAGAUGAGAUAAGACGCCAUUUUAACGGAAGUUAUUAAUUAUAUCUGUACAAAAAGGGAAGUAAUAAGUUAUACUUUGUAAAAUCUUAAUUACUGUAAAUUGAAUUUAUUCUAGUACUUUAGAACUUUCUAUUUACACCUGUAUCUUUACGUGGAACAAGAUUAAGAUGGUCUCUAAUGGCAAACGUAUGCGAUACGUUUCUGAAAAUUUCACUUCAUCAGAAGAAGAUUCAUACGAAGAAAGGGAUUAUCAAUCCAAAAAGGAAAAUUUUAACUCUAUGGAAAACCCAAGAAGAAAACCCAGAUGUUCAUCAAAAAAUGCUUUAAUGGCAAGAGAAAAUCGCUUAAGAAAAAAAAUGUAUGUCAAUAAACUUGAAAAGGAAGUCACAUUACUUAAAAACGAAAACAAAAAGUUGACAGCUGUUACUAGAAAUCAGUCUUUGCUUGUAGUUGAUUUACAAAAGGAAGUUAAAUAUUUGAAAAGCAUAAUAGCAAACAGUAGCGAUAUUAAAAAUUUAAUAAGGAACAUUCAUAAUAGUACAGGUAUGUCAGUAUCCUCAUCAUUGGAUUCGAACCUAUCAUUGAAAAAUAUUUCUGUUCCAAAGAAAAAUUUAGCUAAUCCUGACGUUUUUACUACUUCUGACUGCCUUUUGGGGGAUGAUUUAAGUUUGAACUUAAACUUGUAUGAAGAUAUAACGGAUUUUCCUCUAUUGUUACCAGAAAAUAACGUUUUUAAUGGGAAUAAUUCUACAAGCAGUGCGAGUUUAGAAGAACAUAAUUAUACAGCUUUAAGAGAUAAUGAUGAAGAUGUAGGUGUUUGCUUACAUGUCUCUAAACACAAGGUUUCCUUGGAGUUUUGUAUGAACUGCAGUGAUAAAGCUCAAGAAUCUUGGAGCCAGCUUUAAGUGAACUUUAAAAUGUCUGUAUUUUUAUUGUUUAUUAGAUUUAAGCUAAGUUAAUAUUUACUAAUAGUGAUAUUUUCUUUCUAAUUUGACCUUAUUUAAUCUAUAAACAGUCCUAUUCUUUGAAAUACAGCAUAUAUAGAUUUUGAAUGGCCAUUCGCCAGUUUAACAAUUUUCAAUAUCUAUAUUUACUAUUUGUAAUGAACAUUGAAAUCAAUAGCUUCAAACUAGGUAUUCAGUUUACUUUAAUUAAAAUAAUACAUAAUUUCUAACUAAAAAAUUACAGUAAAGAGUCAUUCCAUACAAAAUUGUCUGAAAAUAGUGAAAAUAAAAAAAUUGUUGCUGAUCCAUUUUAGAUUUUAGUGUAACUUUGAGGAACUAUUCCUUAGGGUCCCAAAGUAGAAAAUUUACACGAGUUUGAUUUUUAUAAGCACUCCUUUCCACCUAUUUAUAUAAAGACUUUAAAAAAAUCGAUAUUUUAAGCCUUAUCAACUUUUCCUCUGAUUUUUUUCUUUUUGAAGAUAACUACAUUAUUAAAGCGGAAUUCUGAAGGGGAAAGAUAGUAGUUUAAGUAUAAGCAUUGAUAAUUUGCUCAGUCAAUACCUCUGAUUAACGGCAGCGUGCUGAAAAUGAGUGGUUUUUGAACAUUUUUUUGUAAAUUUCAAUCGAUUCUAGCGUCUUAACUGCUUAGACUUAGCAGCUUAUGUUCCUCAGGAAUUAAGUGUAUAUAUCAUAGGUAAAAUACAGCCACAAGUCAACCUGAGCAGCCCACUCUUUGCAAAAAAAACUUUGAUUGAAGUUUUGAAAUUUUCAAAAAUUGCAUUAUUCAGGAUAUAUAAUGAAAGUGUUGACUGCCAGAUAAAAAUCUGAAACUCUCAGAAUCUACUGUUCAUAACUUUAAAUGACCAUACCACUUGUUUUGUUAUUUUUAUGUUUAGUGUAUGUGCGAGUCGUUUUUUAACAGCAAAAAUCAACUCAAUUUUUUUUAUUUCUUUCCAAAUAACUAGAUGUUUCUAUUUUGAAAAAAAAAUUCGACUUAUGUAUAGGAUUCUUAUAUAUCUUUAUGAAAAAACAUCAAGAAAAACAAUUUAUAAGAUUAUAAAAUAAAACAAGUAGUACGGUUAUUUAAAGGUAAGAACAGUAGAUUCUGAGAGUUUCAGAUUUUUAUCUGGCAGUCACAACACGUUCAUUAUAUAACCUGAAUAAUGCAAUUUUUGAAAUCCAGGUCUGUUUUUACAAAAAAUGAAUAAAUUCGAGCACAAAGACCUGAAUUCAAUGAUGGUAUUUUUACUUUUGCACAAAUGUUUUUUCUACUCCAAUUUUAAAUCCAAAUUGUAUUGUGAAUGGUUCUUUCUUACAGCAAAUGUAUUUUCUGUCACCCAUAUGUGUGAGUUCCAUAAGUUGAACUUGGCCUUAUCUGUAAAUAUACAAUUUGUCAUUUUCGGAGAAUCCAUCUACUAAAAUUUGCAAAUUCCAUUAUGUACUUCUAAAAUGUAAAAAAAAAACAAUUUAGACUUAAAAUUUAAGUAGUAAAAUAAUCUCAAAUAAAGGGCAUAUCAUUGGUUCAACUUUUUGAACUCUUCAAAUAUAAAUAAAACUUCAAAUUCAGAUGAAUUUAUUAAUUUUUUGUAAAGACAGACCUGGACUUUCUUCUUGUUAAUAGUAAAUUCUGAAGAAUACCUGAGCAAAAUGUCAAAAACAUAUACGAGGUAGUUCGUAAUUUAUGAGUUAAGAAAGAAAUCUGCAAAAUUAUUAAAAGUUAUAAAGGAUGAAAUACCCAAUAAUUACACCGGCACACAAAAAAAAAGUUGUUUGUACAUCAGACACGACCUACCUACCGGCAUGUAUUUUGACGCGCUGAAUCCGAAUUUCAAGUCACGUUUGGGCCGUCUACCCUUCAAUAUCGAGUAAAUUGUAAAAAUAAGAUAAUUAGUAAUAAAAAAAAUUUAUAAAUCGAAACCAAGCAUAAUUCUUAUGUAUUUCGAUCCGCUGAAUACAAAUCUGAAGUUUAUUUUCUAAAUCAUAGAAAUUGUACAAAAACCUUGAAAAAUGUUAAAAGUAGCAAAAAAUUUGUUUACUAAUACAAUUUUUUGCAAUUUUUAACAUUUUUCAAGGUUUUUGAACAAUUUCUAUGAUUUAGAAUGGUUUAUAGUCUAAAUAAACUUCACAUUUGUAUUCAGCGGAUCGAAAUACAUAAGAAUUAUGCUUGGUUUCGAUUCAUACAUUUUUUUUAUUACUAAUCUUAUUUUUAUUGAAGGGUGGACGGCCCAAACUGACUUGAAAUUCGGAUUCAGCGGGUCAAAAUACAUGCCGGUAGGUUGUGUGCCGGUGUUAUUGGUUAUUUGAAAGCAUCUCGGUGGCCUCCGCCCAUAUUUAAUGUGACCGUUCUCGAUUAAAAACCAUAAAACUGAGUAAAUUUCAUUUUUGUUUUCCAAAAUAUAAAUUUUGUAAAGCAAUUUAAUCUAAUGUAUUAUGCUAAUAGUAAGUUACUGUGAAACAACGAGACAAUGCAUGUUUAUGAGACUCUUUAAAACUCCAUGUAUCAAAUCUUUCCAAAGGAAUUUAGCAGCAGUAAUUAUAGUAUGCAUAUCUUUAAUUUUCUAUUUUAUUAAUCUAGUUUGGACUUUUUGGUUGACCCCAAAGUUUUUUUUUACUUUAUUAAAUGAUAUUCAAAAUGUCAAAAAAUAAACCAUAAGUAGCAGUAAGAAUUUGGACUUGUUUUUAAUAAUUACAUAAUAAGUUUGAAAUAUCACUCACACUUUAUUAAUUUAAGAAUAUCCUUUUGUAUUUAUUUUUGUUGACUCUUUCCUUACAUUUUUUUUUUGUAUUAUAUUGUUGAUCUAUUACUAGAAGUUUUUUUAAAUUUUUAGGGUUUGAAUGGCGUUUUUGGAAUCCAAAGAUGAGACAGAAAGCUUGCAGAUAGAUUUACGUUCUUCUCUUUACGUUAAAAAGUCUAAACAAAGCCGCCUUGGGUAGAACCGGUCUGGCCUAAAUAAGGGUUAAGUAUUUUAUAAACAUGGUCGUAUCGUUCUAAAUAGUCAAUUUUUUUAUUAAAAACUGUUUUAAGGCAAUAUUAAGGUAUUGAUUGAUCUUGCAUUUUUAUUUAAUUAAAAUGCCAUAUUUUACAUUUUAAAAAUCAUUAAUAACAAACAGCAAUUCUCUUUCUUAAAGUUAAAUUCAUAGCCAUGUUAAACAACAACGAAAAACUACUAGACUGAUCCUUUAAUUCACAAGUAAGCACUUGUGUACUUGCUAGUAUUCAGGUGGUUUUAUGUUUGUAAACAACGUCGUUGGACGACACUAGGCUGCGAGAAAAAGAGCGAGGCGACAUAAUAAAUGAGUGGAGAUGGCGUUUGCGAUCAGUCCAAAGCACAUACCAGAAGGAAGCCUGCUUUACACUGUUGCCACAAUGCAAAAUAACAGACCUUAAACUGAUAAUAACUGGCGUUAGGAAUGAACAUUUAUUUCCUUUAUGUAAUUUGGAAGCUUUUUGUUCGUUUUAGAACCUUUUGUUUAGUAAAUUCCGAAUUAUAACCAUAAAUAAUUUUUGUACAUAAACUCCCAUAAUAAUUUGGCAACUAUAUAGAUAAAAGUAUGAAUACCUACCAAAUUGUAUUAGUAGUUGUUUGUCGUUGAUAUUACAAGAAGAAUGGCCCAGGUUGUAAUUAUUUCUUAUUGCCAGUUUGCUAACUGCCUAAAAUAGUUUGAACAUAAAAAAAUUGGUGUAUCUUUAUUCCCAACUUAAAAAGAAACAUUUUUACUAAACAAUUUGGGUAUGUUUCAAUUUCAGCUCGCCAUGACUGUUGGGCACUGGAGGUUUUUGGACUUUGUUUUUUAAUAGGAAAUAAAUCAGGUAUGUUUGAGAUACAUGUAAGGAAAGAGUAAUAUAUUUUUUGUAUAUGUAAAUAAUUUUUUUUAUUCAUUCCCAAAAGAAAUAUUUCUUGGAACAUUAUUUUUAAUCGUUAAUCUUUUGUAAUUUGUUGACUAUUUAAAAGAGAAAUUCACAAUCUGCAUAAUUAUUUAAAAUAUUCCAGAAACUUCUAAAUAAAAAAA